UGACACUCGAUGAUCGAUCGAUAUUGAUAGGUACCUACUAAUUAAUUUGUAAAUAGAUAAUAGUAAAAUAUGAAUAGUGUGAAUUGUGAUUUGUGUUUGGGUAGUUGCUAAUUUUAACUUUGAAACGUGUUACAAUAUUUGAUUGUGAUUAUAUUUUAUAAGUUGUUGGUGUCUGGUGACUAAGACGUGACUGAUAUAAAAAUCAAUACCAACUAAAUUAUAAGUAUUUACAUAUUCAAAAAAUUUUAUUCACUAAUUAUUAGAGCAGUGUAAUAAUUACCGUGUAACAGUUCGUGUGGCUGAAGUGUUGCACUUAGUGACUUAAUGGAAAAUAUGAAUGGACAUAAAAUUGAAGAAGAUUUACCUGCUGGUUACUCGGUGGAAGAAAUUGAAAUACCAGUGCCAUGGGGCCAUGUCGCCGGAAGGUGGUGGGGACCGAGAAACAAACAGCCGAUAGUCGCGAUACACGGUUGGCAAGACAACGCAGGAACAUGGGACAAUCUUAUACCCAUGCUUCCUGUUACCACACCCGUCCUAGCCAUCGACCUUCCAGGCCACGGUCUUUCCUCUCACUAUCCCGAAGGAAUGCUCUAUUACGUAUUCUGGGAUGGUAUCGUCUUACUGCGACGAAUAGUUAAGCAUUUCAAAUGGAAGAAGGUAAGCCUAAUGGGACAUUCUCUAGGAGGGGCCUUGAGUUUCAUGUACGCGGCCUCUUUCCCUGAUGAGGUUGAGAGAAUCAUUUGCAUAGAUAUCGCCAGCCCUGCUGUCAGGACACCAGAUGGUAUGGUCGACGCUACUGGGAGAUCUAUCGACAAAGUUCUGGACUAUGAGCAUCUAACUGAGGAUAAAAUCCCUUGUUACGAUUACGAGGAGAUGAUUGAUAUAGUAGUUGAUGCUUACAAAGGUUCAGUGUCCAGAGAAAACUGCAAGGUGUUGAUGAAAAGAGGAAUAAUGCCAACGCCGGUGCACGCGAAGAAAAAGGGAUAUUACUUCAGAAGAGAUCCAAAAUUAAAGGUGGCUGUGUUAGGUAUGAUGUCAAUCGAGACAGCUUUGGAAUACGCAGGUAAAGUUAGAUGCAAAGUCUUAAACAUCAGAGCGAUUCCCGGGAAUAAAUGGGAUAGAUUAGACUAUUAUCUUCAAGUUGUAGAUAAGAUGAAGGCCACGGCAGACGUACACUAUGUAGAAGUUGAAGGAACGCAUCACGUUCAACUGAAUUCGCCAGGAAAUAUAGUUGGAUUGAUAGAAGACUUCAUAGAAGAUAUAUUAUAUUAAAAAACUAUUAAUAAUACCGAAAAUUGUGUGAUAUUAAUUGUUUUACGCGAGUACAAAGUUCGUGAUAAUUUAGAAUUAGCCUAGAAGGCUUCGCUUUAUAUGAGAUCGCACAUGAAAUGCGCUAUUUUAUCUUUAUUUCAAUUUGUUUAAAGGUAAGUUAAUAAAGUAGAGAAAAGGAGGAUGCAUGUAUUGUGGGACCCACUGAAAGAAGUGGCGUACAUCAUGGAAAUUUAUUAAUAAUUGUAGAACGUAACAAAACUAAGAAAAACGUAAAUCGUAAGUAAGUCUAAAAAAGUGGGACAAAAAAGAUAUAGUUACCUAAAAGUAUAAUAUAACCUAAAAUUAUUAAUCAAAAUCUAUUAUUCAAUUAAUAAUUUGUAUCUUAGGUCUAUGCCUAAUUACUGUCUGCUAAAAGAUAAUAUAAUAUAUAUCUAUGUGAAAGUUUGUCCAGCAUAAUUGAGGAUUCACCAUUCAUUCUUUUUUCAAGCAAUCUUUUAAAGAUACUUACCUACCGAUUUUAGUAUCAAAUAACGGUAGUAAACUGAUUCUUAUUUUGAAUUACUACUGAUUUGAGUAGGUAUACAUAGUUUGAUGGUGUCGGAACAACCAUAUAAAAUAUACUGUCAUGUCAAUAAAUGUAGAUGACAAUUGCGCAAAACGUUCCGUUAAUACAAGAUGACUUAUUUUUUAAUCUAUCUAUAUAUAUAAAAAUGAAUUGCUGUUCGUUAGUCUCGCCAAAUCUCGAGAACAGGCUGGACCGAUUUGGCUAAUUUUGCUCUUGAAUUACUUGUGAAAGUCCAGAGAAGGUUUAAAAGGUGAAUAAAUAGGAAAAUGCUGCAAAAUUAAAUAAAAAUAACUCACGGUUUGACAGUUCUGUUGUGAAACAAUUUCAUUACGACAACAGGGUGCAUAUUUUACGAAGUAAUUUUUGAUGUUAUGAUAUAUUAUUGACAAAUUCAUAUAAAAACAUUAUUUUAUUUAUUAUAUACAGAACAACGUCUGUCGGGUCAGCUAGUAAAUUAUAAUUAUUUAUUUCUUUUGACUCCCAUAUCUUAGCGCCUAAAUAUUUUUUGUAAAAACAUCGUAUAAACUUAAGUUUAUAAUUAAUAUAAACUUGUACGUGUACGAUGCUUCCUUAAUUUUUAUAUUAUGUGGGUCCAUUCUCGCCAUCCUCCUUUACGUAUUACAUAUUAUCCCAGUGUGUAAAGCAAAUAGUAUUGUAAUUAACUUAACGUAUUUAUUACUUUUAGUGAACACUUAUUUUGAAUUUUUAUAGACUUACUAUCCGUCUUUUGUAAGUUGUUUUUAUCUGUUAAUUGUUUCAACGUCAUAAUAUUAUAUGACAUAAAAUUACUGAAGAACAAUUAGUUUUAUCCUUCGGUUAAGGAUUGGUCUCCGCUGCGCUCUAACUAGAUACCACAGGCGUAGUCGCAAAGUGCGGCAACUAAUACAAAACUCAAUUGGGGGUACUCGAGCCAGUCUCGAACAAUGUGUGCCAUUGACGUGCCAUAUGUGUUGUUAAACUUUGCUAAUAAUUGAAACUAAAAUGCCGGGUUGCGUAGUAAAACUUUGUAAGAAUAAUACUACAAGAAAAAAGAAAGACACUCGAAUGACAUAUCAUCAGUAGGUAGGUAUUUUAUAUUUUUUUACAUCAAUGUAAAAUAACACGAAGCAUAUGUUACAAAAUUUGAAAGAUGCCAUUGAAUGCCAAGAUGCCACGCACACAAGAUUCUAAUAGUUGCCGUAGUAAAAAAACUAUUGCUCUUAGUUAGUGCUGUAUCUAGUUGGACCAAUCCUUAAUCUAAGAUUUUAUCUUAAUUAUUAAGUAAUGCUAGGUAUGUUAAUUAUUUGAUAUUUGUAUUACCAAUUUGAUUAAUUAAAAUUGGCUAUUGUUAAUAUAAAUAAUAUUAUUUGGAAGGCGGAGGAAUUUUUUACAUUAUUAGUGUUAAUAUUCUUUAAGGAAUUUGUAGAUGGAAUUUUUUGUUCGAACCUUUCCUUGACAAAGUCUUGGUUUUGUCAUAAAGUCAAACUGUAUACGUAUCUACUUAUAAAAAGUAAUAUUAAAUAUUGUUUGAGAUAAUAUUUAUAAGUUUAAUUUAGAGCCACAACUGUUGAACCAACCAAGAUUUCAUCAAAUUUAAAUCACUUCACACGUAAUUUCGUAUUCGAAGUAUAAAUGUUUUCGUACUCAUUUGAAUUAGACAUUUCCAUAAUUCGAUUCCUUUGUGAUGACGAAAUACCCUAAUUUCAAAUAAUGUGCUUCUAAAAAUGUAUUUAUGUGCUUUUAUCAAUGACGAUCACAUAAAAUAGAUCAUUCAGAGUAAAAAGCGGUGAUUUGUAGUGGAAUUAGACUUUGGUUUAAGUUUCGUUUACUUAAGUUGAGCAACAAGAUACACAAGUAUGUCGAUGACCCUACCGUUAACCAUCACUUUAAAAUAGCCUUUUUGGCCUUUCAUAAAUCCAAAGAUAAGGCAGAUAUUCGCAGUACAUUUAGAUACAAAAAGUGUGUGUGUACUUAUGUAUGUACGCAAGAAGUUAUACUUCUUUGGCCUAACAAAGCAAAAAUCCUUAAAAUUAUUUAUUCCUCGUGCUAUUCUACUUUCGUAGAAAGAACAAUAUUGUAUAAAUCUUGCAACGAUGGCUUUGAGAGUUAAUUAUUAAAUAACGAAUACGGCUGUACGGGCUUGAACCCUUUGCCUGUCCUAAAACGAUGAAACAAAAAAAAAAACGAAUGUCGCACACGUCAGAAAAUUUUAGGAACCAACUUCAACCAAUUUGACGACCUGUAUUAUUAGCCGAGUGGUUAGCGAUCCUACCUACUAAGCUAGAGCUAUUUAUGUAUGUUUAUAUGUAUGUUUAAGUAAUAUAUUGUAUUAAAUAUAUCAAUAUAGCAAGCCAUAACACUGGCUAUAUAUGCCUAAUUUGGGGCAAGUUUGUGUUAAGUAUUUCAAUAUUAUUAUAUUAUAUUACUUUUGUGUUACAGUGAUGCGCACGCAUCUUAAAAUGUCACUCUCAUCAUUUUUUCAUGACGCACCUAAAGAGGUGUAACUUCAAAAAUAUUACUCAACUGUCAAGUAGUGGGCAGACAAUAAAAGACAUUAGUUGUGCAAUGACUGUUCGAAUAGUCGCUAUGACCUAUUGAACCGGGUCACACGACGGCAGCGUGCAAACCUAUUAGCAUAUAAUUAACCAAUUAAAUUUCAUUUCUAUUUUAUCAACAUUUGUUCUUUUAUAUAUUUUAUUGUACAUCAUCAUAAUAUGCUCCAUAUCUACAUUUAGUUAGAACACGGGUGCUUAUAUGGGUGAUGAUACGAUUUCGUCAUGUAUGUAAACAAAUAGCAAUUAUUGCUUUUAAUUUUGCACUGCUAUUGCUGAGUUACAUUAGUAUAUUAUGAUUCAAGUGAGCUUACUUGCCUAAACACGAGGCUGUGGGUUGCAGCUCGAGUCGUAGGCGAGGGCGUAAUUCAGCCGAGUGUCUAUGUUCAUACGCAUUUUUUCAACACACUCGCGAGGAAAAACAAACGCGUAUUGCAUAAAUCGUUCAAACAAAAUAUGAAAAUUAUGGGAAAUGGCGCUCAAAUUAUUUUUUUUUGGUUGCGCCAAAUGUAAGGUGAUUGGUUACAUAUAGGUAUAUAGCCAUACAGCCUACUUCAAAAUUGUAAUUUUAGUGAUAAAAUGCAUAUAUUUUACUUAUAACAAAUUAUUGUGAAUUAUAAGUAAUUUGAUAUUAAUACAAAAUUUUUUCGUCUUUUAUUAAUUUCAAAAAUGUAAAUGGAUUUUUGAUUUUGAUUGGAUUAGAUUAAUAAAACCUCUUUGUUGUUACAAAAAAAAACUGUAUCAUCCGGUAAAAUUGAAAAUGCUCUGUAAACUUAACUUUGUAGGGAUAAUUAUAUUAUGCACUAGUGUGUAAUAAGUAUUAUUAUGCGCGUGCGUGUUAUAGGUCGGUUUAAUAACGCUCACUUUACGAGCAAGUGUGUUAAUAUGUUAUAUUAUAUCGAAUUCCUAAGAAAAAUUACUUACGCAUAAGUAUGUACAUAUUUCCUGAAUAUUAACCAUAUUUACGUAUAUAGUUGUAGUAAGCUUUGUAUCCAUGGGAAUAGUCUGUGUUAAUUAAAAAUCAUUGGGAACAAUUAAGUAGAGGCUGUUGUUGUAAUUAGUCUUUUUUAGAUCACAUAAGAAAUUGUAAUAGAUUAUUGUUAUCUUUAAACAAUCACCUGCAGGCAUCGCUAUAAUAUUUAGAUCAGUAUACUACACAUAGUCACUUAUUUAAUUUCCUAAGUGUUAAUAACUUUUUAAUAAUAAUAAUAAAACAUUUAUUUCGGAUCAGAUCCAAUUAUAUAUCUCUGUUAAUGUUUUACGUAAAAACUAAUGUUAGUAGGUAAAUCGAAAUUACUUCAUAUUGGUGUUAAGCCACAUCCAACUUUGUAAAAGGGGGUACUCCCGCUGAUCUGCAAAAACACCCGGGAUAGUGUUGGUGCUGCCGCGGGCUCGAGCGAGCAGAGAUGUGCAUCUUUUUCGUAUAACCGUUCGCUUUCGGUUGUCGAGGCCGCAUUAAGGCUGGGCGCAAACGUUCGGAAACCGGAUUAGGAACAGGAAUUCAGAUUGGGAAACCUGAAUGCUUUAAUUACAUAGAAAAUAUUCAACAAGGCGCACAUUAUUCUUAUUGUUUCCGAACGGAAAAAAACCUAACGUUCGGUUCGUAAGAACGGAAAAAACUGAAUGACGUCAUCCCGAACGCAACUCUCGCGUACAUUUCGGUUCAACCGCCGCACACGCACGGAAAUUUCAAUUUAGAUUCGCGCAAAGCGAGCUUUGUAGCAAGUGGACGUCUGUAGACUCAUCGUAGGUAACAAAUUUAAUUUUCUCUCGUAUGCAAUUAUCAAGCUCAUCAAAUGAUUUCACUGACAAUCUGUAGUAUUUCAAAAAUUCAUCUGGGUGUUCUCUUAAUCUUGUUCUUUUGAGAUAAAAUUGACUAUCUGUUAAUCUCCGAGUAUUCAACGGGUGUACCCAGACGACUCCUCUUCUUCUUGUUUAGCGCCAGUAAAAGUGCAAUAGUAAUCAAUUCGUCUUCGUCGUCCAUGAUAAUACUUGCAUGUGCUUUCACAAGCGUCUCUAUUCGUACUGUUCGUAAAAAAAUCCGAUUGCGCUAGUCUCACGGAAUUCCGAAUCUGAAUUCCUGAUCGAGAAACCUAAUCCGGUUUCCGAACGUUUGCGCCCAGCAUAAAGGAGCUUCUGUACGGUUUUAGUCUUGGUGAAUACCUCGCGUGGAAAAUACGUAAAAAUGCACAAAUAACUAUGAAAUUUACUGUGGGCAGUCGUGUUAUAAAAAAAUAAUAUCAACAUAUUGGCUCGCGCGGCAAAUUAACGUAAAGUCGGGUCAAACAUGGGCAUAAUUUGUACGCAUCCUUACAAGUGCCUUGUUUGUGGAUAAACUGCUAUCGGCCGAUUUCAAUAUUCAGUCGCAAAUACUAAAAUUCCGUCUCAAAUUAUUAUCUUAAUCCAUUUCUUGCUUUUGGCAUUUUAAUAACAGAUCAACUCCUUGUUUCAAAACAUUUCUAUGGUAGCAUUUUCUAUACUAGGUACAUGUGCAAAUGAAUUUUGCCAUAUUUCCAGUGCAGAUUCAUAAUAUUAAUCUGGAUUCUAAAAUUUAGUGUUAAACUAGAGAUCGGAUAUCGAAAUCAGCCUUAACUAUUAUCACAUAAGUGCAUCAGACUAAGCUCUGAUACAAGGUAAGUCCGGAUAAUCCAGAAAAACUUCUGAAUAAUUUUUUUGCUGGCAACAAAGCACGAAACGUCAUUUUGUUCUGCCUCCUAACCCACGCUUCAGGCCGCGUCUAUGCGUUUCGCUGGAUGUAAGUGGUAUGACACAAAUUAUAAUAAUAAUAAACUUUAUUGGCAACAUAUACACUGCUAAAAAUAUAUCAUAAAUUAUAAUACAUCAAGGGAACUUUUAACAAAAAAGUAAUUUUCACAUAAUAUAUAAAACUAAAAUCAUAAGUUAAGCAAACUAAACUUAAACUAUAAAAACAACUAAAAAAUAAUUUAAACAGACCUAGUAAGAUUAAAAUAGGAACAAUUAAUUGAGGAGCAGUGCAAUCACUUAGUAUUGCCAAUCGGAGGCCCACUCAGUUUGCGUCGAGCCUUCUGAGCCUCAACACAGAUUUUCAGUAGGCACCGUGUUUCGCAGCACGGACAGUGACUGCGGUAUAUAAAUACUACCUACAUCUACAAUAAUUACAAUUUAAAAACAUAUUACUACACUAAAAACAAAAUUAAUAAAAUAUGACACUAUUCUGAUGUUUAUACAUUUUUAUAACACAGUCAUAGUUUAUUGUUGUAAAACUUCGCGACACGCUAUUCGGCCAUAACAAAAAGGUAAGUAACAUUAAUUAAAUUUCAAAUAUUCUCAGAAUAAUUUUAAACAAUAAUAGUCGAUUGUUACAUUAUGGAUGCAUGGGAAUAUAAUAUUAUAAAUAAAAUUUGUAAAGUUAAAUUAAAUUCAAAACAAAACUUAAUUUACCGGACUUGGUCUAAACACAUGGUCGGAUUUAGUAUGGCCGGUCCGACGCUUCAGCCGGACCAAAUCCGAACAUGUGUUAAGGCUUUUAACCUGACGCGACCAUAUUGAAAAUCGGGGUCUGCUACCUAUUAGAAAUAUUUAAGUGUAGCCAAUAACUGCGUAAGCUUAAAACACUAAAUUAUGCUAGUUUUUAACUUAUUCAUUUGUUUUCAAAUAAUAAUUAAUGAAAACGGUUCCGUUCUAAAUGGUUUUUAUUUAGUUCUAAUUAUUAAAGAAAUGUUUAUAUUGUUUUGUGUUGAAUUGUUAUUUGUUGAAAUAAUCGUUUAAGAUGCGGCUUUCCUCAUAUUAGAUUGAUAGUUCAAAUUUAGUUAUAGAACAAAAUAUGUAAUAAAACUAAUAUUUUAGUAAAACAUUCCUAUUUAAUGUAAUAUAUUAAUAUGUUUAUCAUUUACAAUCGUCUAAUUGUCUUCGGGUGGUGACAGUUUUCGCUUCUUUUGAGUAGCUUUUACCUUGACUGUAGACACACCUUUUGUUGUGGUUAGAUUGUUGGUUGGACGAUAAAACACAGAUAUAGGAAUAGUCUUCGCUCAAGAUAUCUAGGUAUUUAUUUGAUAUCAGAACGCUUUGCGCUUCAGUUUUGUCUGUUGUUCUUGGUCGCACAUUGCAAAUUCUUGUUCUGAUUCCUGAGAUGACGAAUUUUCACGGUGACUUUGAUAAAAAAAAAAUCCCAGACUCAGUUUUUGACCCAGUGCUCUGUGAACAGCUAGAUCACUUGGCGUUGCGUAGAGACGUCGCUUCAUUGUGUCUCUUCUAUCGCAUUUAUCACGGGGAGUAUUCCGAAAAGUUUGACCUGAUUCCUGCAGCCGAAUUCCACCUUCGCACGACACGCCACAAAUUAAGAUAUCAUCCCCAUCAUCUAGAUGUGUGGUGUUUCUCCACAUUGCGGCUUUCAAGGAACUUUCUUUCACGUUCAACCAAGCUGUGGAAGAGCUUCCUUGUGCGGUGUUUCCAGGAAGAUCCACAUGGGUACCUUCAAAACCGCGUGUACACUUUUAUACAAGGUUCCUGUGAUACCUCUGGUGUUGCAAGAGUAUGUGGGUGAUCACUGAACAUCAGAUGACCCGUACGCUCUUUGGUCCUCCUUUUCCAUAAAAAAAGACUUGUGACGCUAGUAGCUUUUACCCAAUCCGAGAUACAAGCGAGGUGCGAAUUAAGCGCAAGAUUUAGGCAAGUUUUCCCUAUUAUAUUUAUAUAAGUGGCUUUCCUUAUGGUUACUAAAUAAAUUAAUUUUGUUGAAAGUAAA